AUGGAUAGUUUCCUGCAAGUUCAGAAGAGCACCAUCGCCCUGCUUGGGUUCGAUCUCUUCAGCGAGGACCGGGAAAUGUGGAAGCGUCCCUAUAGAGCAAUUAAUGUAUUUGGCAUAGCCGCCAUUUUUCCCUUCAUCCUGGCAUUUGUGAUUCAUAAUUUCAAGCAUGUUUUGCUGCUGGCGGAUGCCAUGGUGGCUCUAUUGAUUACCAUCCUGGGACUUUUUAAGUUCAGCAUGAUAUUGUACUUGCGUCGGGAUUUCAAGCGGCUUAUUGAUAAAUUUCGCUUGCUAAUGGCAGAUGAGGCUGGUCAGGGCGAGGAGUAUGCCGAGAUCCUCAAUGCAGCGAAUAAGCAGGAUCAACGUAUGUGCACCCUGUUCAGGACCUGUUUUUUUCUCGCCUGGUUACUGAACAGUGUGUUGCCAUUUGUGCGAAUGGGGCUCACUUAUUGGCUAGCAGGUCAUGCUGAACCAGAACUGCCGUUUCCCUGUCUCUUUCCCUGGGACAUUCACAUCAUCCGAAAUUAUGCUCUCAGCUUUACAUGGAGUGCUUUCGCUUCGACGGGUGUGGUAUUACCUGCUGUUAGUUUGGACACCAUCUUCUGUUCUUUCACCAGCAAUUUGUGUGCCUUCUUCAAGAUCGCCCAGUACAAAGUUGUGCGUUUUAAGGGGGGAAAUCUUAAGGAAUCACAGGCCACGCUGAACAAGGUCUUCGCCUUAUAUCAGACCAGUUUGGAUAUGUGCAACGAUCUGAAUCUCUGCUACCAACCCAUCAUCUGUGCCCAGUUCUUCAUCUCCUCCCUGCAACUCUGCAUGUUGGGCUAUCUAUUUUCUAUUACUUUCGCCCAAACAGAGGGCGUGUACUACGCCUCCUUUAUAGCCACCAUUAUUAUUCAGGCCUAUAUCUACUGCUAUUGUGGUGAGAAUCUGAAGACCGAUAGCGCCGGUUUCGAGUGGGCCAUUUACGACAGUCCCUGGCACGAGAGUUUGGGAGCCGGUGGAGCCUCCACUUCGAUUUGCCGAUCAUUGCUGAUCAGCAUGAUGCGGGCACAUCGCGGUUUUCGAAUUACUGGAUACUUUUUCGAGGCAAACAUGGAGGCCUUCUCAUCGAUUGUUCGCACGGCGAUGUCCUACAUAACAAUGCUGAGAUCCUUCUCGUAAAAGGUUUAACCACAACGCAAAGG